GUUUAUUUUUAUGGUUUUGUAUCUGAUCUGUUCACGAUUCUCAUAUGCCAUGCCUCAUUCCUUUCACUGCGUUUUUAGGACUAGAGUUUAAAUAUGAUAGCGAAGGACUUGCGCUCUCUUCACACUAAAACAGUGUUUUUUGUCUUCUAUACAUUCUGUCCCUUUCGUAGAUGCACUUGCAACUUGAUUUAAUCGUUGCUCUUGUGCUGUUGUUCUUUUUUUCAAGCUACUUUUUUCUCACGAUGGCCAUCACGUGCAUGCGGUAAGCACCGAUCCACGUCCACCAGACGAGAGACCUUCCCUUGGUUUGCAGCGUAACUGGAUGAGCCAUGUCACCUCGCCAUCUUUGUGUCCUGGUUUUCAUUAUACUUUUGGCGGGAGCACAAGGCUUUUCCUUUGGCUGGCAGAAGGACGCGGACUCGGCUGAGGACCCCUUGAUCGAGGAAGAAGAUGAGGAAAUACGCGCUGAGGACAAGCUAGAAGGGAUGCCUCCAUGGUACUCCAGCAAGGGCUAUCCCUACGACUACGGAAUGGGCGAGGAGAUAGGAAACAUGUUCGGCCCUCACAACGAGGACCUCUUCAAAGACAAGGACUACGUUUUUGAAGAACCCCAGAAGACUUUCGAGGAGAUCUACGAAGAAGUUUUCAGGUUUCACGACGUUGACAAAGACGAUGUCCUCACGCCAGAGGAAGUGCGACGGGCGCUGAUCCACUCAAAAGUCGACAUUGUGGACGCCGCGGGAAAUGAUCUAGUGGAGGACGCCCUUGCAUACGACGACAAAGACAAGGAUGGAACGCUGUCGCUCGAGGAGUUCCUGCUUUCGCAGAAGACGAACUUGAGCGGCCUCAGGAGCCUCGGGUCUCUGGAGCUAUGACGCGUCACUGGUCACGGGAGUCGCCGAACUAAACUUCGGGUCGACAUCACAAAUUUUAAGGUUUACAGCAUUUUAAAUCCUGUUAAUGACUAAAAUACCGCGCACCGAUCUUGGCGUUAGACGCUUUCGAGUGAAGACACGCCCAUUCAUUCUAAAGAGCUGGUGACAGCUGUUGUUCACCCUGUAAUUCCCAAGUCCUACAUCAAGAACAAAGAUUUAAAAAAAAUAAUGUUGAGAUUUAUUUCUGGCCAUGCAGUGUACAUACAGGGUUGGUUUUUUGUUUGUUUUUAGGCCAUGCAGAAUUUUAAACAUUGCCUAUAGCAGGUGGCGUAAUUGUAGUCUUUGAGCUGAAUUACUAGCACAAUAAAUUAUAGCACGAGACGUUACUUGCACGGGCCGACAUUACUAGUACGAGAAAUCGAAACGCAUAAUCGAAUAAUUACCAAAAAUUCGCUAAUUAACUUUAAAUCCAUUACUUUACGGCAACUAAAAUUUACGGAUUACAGCAGAUGAGCUUGCGAGGCUUAUACACUUGUAAUAGCUCUGUAAGGAUCGCACGGGUUUCGAUAUAUGGGCCGUUAAACUUGAGGUAAAAUGCACUAUUGCUCCACUUUUUUUCACAAACCGCCAUUUUAAGCACUGAAGCACAAAAUUAAUUGGAACGCCCAUGUAUUUCGUUGGGCCUUUGGGUAUGAAUAUCUAGAAACCAGUGCCACCCUGAAAUCUUAAAUAUGCCUUGCGAAGUCGCCGGAUAGAAUUCGUAAAUUGCAAUAUAGACCGUAAAAUACUUCAUUGAAAGUUAAUUAUUGAUUUUCCCUUAAUAACCUAUUAUAAAUUUUGAUUUCUCGUUGAAAUAGUGCCUGCCUCUUUGACUAAUCCAUCUCGAUCACUAGAAUUAAGUUAUCUUCCAUAGGUCAUAUUAACGACAAGAAAGAGGGUGAACCGAGGGCCCGAUUUUAAUUAUUCAUAUCAUAAGAAGCCAACAGACAAAGACACCAAGGACAACACAAGAUAAA